ACCAAAGCCGAAACUAGCAAGCGGGCAAAUUCCGCAGAGUCUUUCUUCGCAAAAGGUUGACCUUGUCACGACGGUAUAGCCAAAUCUAGCCUCCAAGAUAACAAGUAAAAAAAAAUAAAACUAGUCCUGAUCGUCGCGAAAAAUUUCCAAAAUUUGCGGAUAAUUUCAAAAGAUAAGCAAACAAAUAACAGCAACAGCAAUUGGAUAACGUAUUUUUGAAAAGUUAAGAUCUACGUCAAAAACUUCGAAAAAUAAUCGCCAUCAUGGGUGUCCAGGAUCUGCAGGAUCAUGUGCUGGUGCAGUGCGACUUUGAAAUCUUCGGUCAGGUGCAAGGAUGUGGCUUCACUAAGUUCUGCAGAGACAACUGCUUAGCCUUGAACAUCAAGGGAUGGGUGAAAAACUCCAAGCAGGGCACCAUCAUGGGCAAGAUGCAGGGUGCCAAGGGUGAUGUUGGUAAGAUGGUCGAAUGGCUAUCUAAAACCGGAUCGCCUGGAUGUAAAAUCGACAAGGCAGAAUUUACAAACUGGGGGACCUGUUCGCGGUUGGCUUUUACGGAUUUUGCAAUAAGGUUUUAAGCUAUGUUGGUUAAGCUCAAGAGCGUAUACACACACCCACACGCAUGCAUGCAAUGAGCAGCAAAAAGGGAACGAUACAUUAAACAAUAAGCAACGACGUAUUCUAUUUUAAUUUGCAUAAUUACCAUAUCGUAGAAGUGAUUCUAGUGGAAAGUGUUAUAGAUUGAGAUUGCUUAUUAGCAAUGCAUUCGCAAUCAGCGAGAUAUUAGAUGAUAUUACUAUUGUAUGUUCUCUAUGUAUGUCUUAUCGUUUGUCCUGUCGCAGAAAGGGACGGUUUAUUGCUGAUGCGUCUGCACUGUAUUCAUUUUACCGGUAUGGGAAGAGCGGUAAAUUAGCAGGGAGAUAGAGCGAACCGGAAACCGGUGCAAGCAUAUUUUGAAUCAAUUCUCACCACAGAAAACCCUGCUCUGGGGCAUAGAUUGUAGCAGCAUCCAAAUUCGAUGCAGAACUCAUUCGUCACAGACUUAGAACCGUAAACAUACUCACGCCACAAGUCACUCCUAAAACAGAAAAAAUAGUACUUGCAAUUUAUCAUCCGCAAUGAACGAACUCUUCGUAGGUUAAGAAUAUUAUAUUGAACUGUAAAUACUGUGAAUGAAAAGAAACUUGAAUAAGAGAAA